GUGUACCGCAACCUCUCAUACAAAACGUCGUUUGCACAAAGUCAAAUAGCAACAAUCCAGUCGACAAUUUUUUUCGGAAAACGUGAUGUAAAAAACGCUUCUCCGUCGGACACGCAGUUAUUUUAUUAGUUUUACAUCUACUAAUUUCAGUUUCAGAAAUGAAGCUCAACAAAUUCGUGACUUCCUCGCGCAGGAAAAAUCGUAAGGCUCAUUUUACCGCACCUUCCCACAUUCGUAGGAGAUUGAUGUCGGCUCCUUUGUCAAAAGAACUCCGACAAAAAUAUAAUGUUCGUACGAUGCCAGUUCGCAAAGACGAUGAAGUUCAAGUAGUACGUGGUCAUUAUAAAGGUCAACAAGUUGGAAAAAUCGUCCAGGUUUACAGAAAGAAAUUCGCUAUCUACAUCGAACGUAUUCAAAGAGAAAAAGCCAAUGGAACGACGGUAUAUGUGGGAAUCCAUCCAUCCAAGACUGUCAUCGUGAAAUUGAAAUUAGAUAAGGACCGUAAAAAGAUUUUGGAACGUAGAGCGAAAGGAAGAGAACUUGCACUCAGUAAAGGCAAAGGCAAACAUUCUGAAGAUACGAUUGCGAUGGAAACGUCGUAAUGUUAAUGCGUUGACCUAUUUUAUAAAUAAAUUCGUUCUUAUAAGCGUGUA